CAUGUAUCUUUGUUCAUGUGUGUUCCGUUGCAGUUUAUGCCCAAAAGAGGAGGGACACCAAAGAAAAAUGAGAUAAUUUUCAUUUCUCCAAUCGGGGAGGAGAUCAUUAAUAGGAAACAGCUGGAACAAUACCUGAAGUCACACCCUGGUGGUCCUGCGAUAUCUGAGUUUGAUUGGGGGACUGGUGAGACACCAAGGAGAUCUGCGCGAAUCAGUGAGAAGGCCAAGGCAGCUCCUCCACCAGAACCUGAGCCUCCAAAGAAACGAAGCAGGAAAUCACUAAAGAAAGUUACUAAAGAGACAGAAGUUGUUCCUGAAGAAACAGAAGAGAACAAAGAAAACACACAAGAUGCUGAAAUGGCUGAUAAGAAGAAUACAGAAACAAAGAAAGAAGAAGAUGUUGUUGCCAAGGAAAAUCAAGGUUUGAAUGAAGACAAAACUCAUGAGGAUAAAGGGCCAAUCAAAACGGAAGAAGCUGCACCAGAAGGAGCCCCAGUUGCAAAAAUGGAAACUGAAAAUGACACUGAGGUAACCAAUAAGGAUAAUACAGGAACAGAAGGUGAGCCUGCUGAAAGGAUCCAGGAAAGGAAGGAAGUACAAUUGUCUGAUGAACAGUUGACUGACAUGAAUGAUGCUAAAAGAGAAGUUAAAAUGAAGGAACAGGUUACAACAGAGGAGGUGGUGCUGCCACAGGCAGAAGCCGAGAAAAAUGAUGGGUCGAAACCAGAGAAAGAUAUUUCCAAUGAAAUGAACAGUGUAAUGGAUUCGGAAGAAAAAGAGAAACCCAGCAAAAGUGCAGCUGAAACCAUGGAACAGACGGGGGAGAAACAAGCAGCAAACGGAAACAAUGAGGAACACACUUCAACAGUUGAAGAGAAAGGAAAGAAAAUGGAGGGGGAAGCGAUGGAGAAUGGCAGCCGCAAAGGUGAUGCUGGUGAGUCCAAGUCUCGAGAGGUCAAUCAAAUGGGGCGAGUCGAUUCCCAGCAAUCUCCUGCCCCCUCCGCGGUGAGCUGCUGAAUGUAUUUUCUCCCUUCACUCUUUUAUUGCCUCUUUAUGUCUCCAUCUUGGGUUUUUUGGAUGACUGUAAUAUUAAAUGUUGAUGCCAGCCAGAUCUAAUUUAUACUUGUAACUUGGUAGAGUAGGUUUUUGAUGCAGGAAGUAACUGUUGCAUUUAGAAGAUGUUGAUUGUACUUUUGUAAUGAUCUCUGUAAACGUAGGUGUUUUGACACUGCUGAUAUGUUCUGUUAUAAACUUAUAAUUGUGUAUCAAGUUAA